GGUAAAAUCACGCCACGUAAAACCCUAGCCCUUUCAUUUGCGGCCGUCGGAGAGAAAAAUCGCAGACGGCAAAAAUGGUGAAGUUUUUGAAACCCAACAAGGCGGUGAUCCUCCUGCAAGGUCGCUUCGCCGGCCGUAAGGCGGUGAUCGUCCGGUCCUUUGACGACGGCAGUCGUGACCGCCCCUACGGCCACUGUCUCGUUGCCGGCAUCUCCAAGUACCCCGCCAAGGUCAUCCGCAAGGACUCGUCCAAGAAAACCGCUAAGAAGUCUCGCGUCAAGGCGUUUGCCAAGAUGGUGAACUACAGUCACGUAAUGCCCACCAGGUACACCCUCGACGUGGACCUCAAGGAUGUGGUCACUGCAGAUGCUCUGCAGUCGAGGGACAAGAAGGAGACUACUGGGAAAGAGAUCAAGAAGAGGUUUGAGGAAAGGUUCAAGACUGGGAAGAACAGGUGGUUCUUCUCUAAGCUCAGGUUUUGAGUUGGGUAUUCCUCAGAGUGUAUGCUAUGUUUUUUCUUGGAAUUUAGAGACACCCUGCUAAAUUCAUUUUCUAAGUUGAGUUUUGAGGAGGGUUUAUUUUAAUUACAUUUCAAAUUUUUUUUGUUGCCAGAUAUAUUGAUUUACAAUUAUGAAGCUUUGGUAAUUUGUUAAUUCCAGAUUAUAUUUAUUGGAA